AUGGCCGAAUCCGAUACCAGUUAUUCGAUAGAAAAUGAGGAGCAAUUAUGGAGUGAGCUAGGCAAAAUCGUCGCUAUUCAGUGCCCUGCCGAAGCUCACGAAACCAUCGACGAUGCAUUACGGUCGUGGCUAGAUCUCGCGUCGCGAUGUCGAUAUGAAUUCUCCCAAUCCGAAGAUGACGUAGAAGCCUGUUCUCAGAGUCUCCUUGAUGGUGGUCUCUUUCAUACAAACCCAGAAUAUGUGCGCACACAGAUGAUUUAUAGCCUAUUGCAAGAAGAUGAACCAGGCCCCUUGUAUGUCAUCGCCAGUUUCCUGUUACUCGAUGGCCGAGCCGACGAGGCCAUAUUCAGACGAAUGAUCGAGGAGGGUUGCUUCCACCGACUGCUUGAGCUUAUCAAUGGACGGAAAGAAGACGAUCCAGGCCUACAUCGACUUCUCCUAGAUUUAAUGUAUGAGAUGUCGCGCAUUGAGCAACUUCGCGUGGAGGAUCUUCUACACGUCGACGAUGGCUUUGUGACCUACCUAUUCCAACUCAUCGAGGGCUUCUCCGAUGAUGUGCACGAUCCGUACCAUUAUCCGAUUAUUCGGGUUCUUCUCGUGCUUAAUGAACAGUACAUGGUUGCAUCUACUUCGGUAGCGACCAACCCCACCUCGCCGGCUGCGCCAUUGACGAACAGAGUGGUCAAGUGCCUCGGUCUAUAUGGCCCGCAUUACAGGACUUUUGGCGAAAAUAUCAUAUUACUUCUCAACCGUGAAACUGAAACGUCCUUGCAGUUGCUGAUCUUGAAGCUUCUGUACCUACUUUUCACCACCAACGCCACGUAUGAAUAUUUUUAUACCAAUGACUUACGAGUCCUCCUCGACGUCAUCAUCCGCAAUCUUCUAGACCUGCCAGAAGAAUUGAUGGCUUUGCGACAUACAUAUCUCCGUGUCCUGUACCCCUUACUUGCUCACACGCAGCUUAACCAGCCACCUCAUUACAAAAAGGAUGAGAUACAGAAGCUGCUUAGAAUCCUGGCUGGAACAGGAAAUACCCAUUUCGCGCCAGUAGACGAGACAACGACGCGGCUGGUUGAUCGGGUAUCCAAAGUCAAGUGGCUUUCGGAUGAAGGUGCUGGUGCAAGUGAGGUAGCACGCAAAUUCCUCGGGAUCAGUCUCUCACCUACGGAAACCGCCAGCAACGUUAGUGUCGUGCAUGUGGCGGCGGUCACGGAAAGGCCAGGUGUGCAAACGCCAAGCCGGAAAGCAGAGGUCGCGGAGGCAAAGAGUGAUAUACACCAAGCAAGCAAUGGCGUGCGCAGCUCGGCGGGCACCAUUACAGAAGUAAAGGAGACGUCUAAAACAAACAGGCCCAAGAAACCACUUCCAGAAGUACCGAAGCACCGACAUGGAAUGCCGUACGUCCCUUCAAAUCAUGAGAAUGGUACUCGAAGCAAAAAGGCACCACCUAAGGCGCCGCCACCGAGACGGAAGGGUAGAAUGCGGCACACAACUUCGGAAACGGUCAAGUCUAUAUCAGAACUAGUUUAA